CCUACGGCUAAACCCAACGCCUAAAAGUGUGUCGUAUUCAAAUUCCUGCAAUUUUGGUCUCUUUCAUCAAAAUCAAAAAUGACCAAUGAAUCAGAUACCAAUGAUGGUGCAACUGCAACUGCAACUGCAAUUCCACCUCUGUCAAACGAAAAAAGGGUGUGUGAGGAUGAAGAUGGGAACCAACUAAGAUCAAAGAGGCAGAAGAUAGAUGAGAUUGCUGAGGAGCCAAAGAAUAAGGGGGAAAUUAUUUCAAAUGAUUCCUCUUCAGAUUCUGAACAAAAUAAGGGGGAGAUGGAUACUGAUGAGGGUGAUAGUUCUGAAGAAAGUGAUGACGAGGCUCAGAAGAAAAUGACCAAUGAAUCAGAUACCAAUGAUGGUGCAACUGCAACUGCAACUGCAAUUCCACCUCUGUCAAACGAAAAAAGGGUGUGUGAGGAUGAAGAUGGGAACCAACUAAGAUCAAAGAGGCAGAAGAUAGAUGAGAUUGCUGAGGAGCCAAAGAAUAAGGGGGAAAUUAUUUCAAAUGAUUCCUCUUCAGAUUCUGAACAAAAUAAGGGGGAGAUGGAUACUGAUGAGGGUGAUAGUUCUGAAGAAAGUGAUGACGAGGCUCAGAAGAAAAUGACCAAUGAAUCAGAUACCAAUGAUGGUGCAACUGCAACUGCAAUUCCACCUCUCUCAAACGAAAAAAGGGUGUGUGAGGAUGAAGAUGAGAACCAACUAAGAUCAAAGAGGCAGAAGAUAGAUGAGAUUGCUGAGGAGCCAAAGAAUAAGGGGGAAAUUAUUUCAAAUGAUUCCUCUUCAGAUUCUGAACAAAAUAAGAAUGCUACAUCAAAUGCUUAUAAACCUGAUUUAAAAACUGUUGAAAAGGAUACUUCUAGUGAUAGUUCAGAAGACGAUGAUAUUGGAAAGUCACCACAUAUGGUUGAAAAACCUGUGAAAGGUUCAGAUAGUUCAAAGGACAAUGAGGAAGAAAUUGAGGAAAAAGCCUCCAAAACUGCUCAGCUUAAAACCCCAGCUACACAGAAAGAAAAAAAUGCUGCAUCGAAGACAAUAUAUGUUCGAAACUUGUCAUACAGUGUGGAACGGUCUGAUAUGGAAAAUCUUUUCAAAGAGUGUGGAGAAAUUGUUGAUGUUCGUCUUCAUACAGAUAACGAAGGGAGGUUUAAAGGUUUUGGACAUGUUGAGUUUGCAAUAGCAGAAGCAGCACAAAAAGCUCUUGAGUUGGAUAAUACAGAAUUGUUGAGACGUCCCAUCAAAGUUGGUAUAGCUUGGGAAAGGGGUCUCGAUAGAAGCAACUUGAGCAACUCAUUCCAGAAAGGUGAAACAGUUCAAUCUCAAACUGUAUUUGUAAAGGGUUUUGAUAGAUCCCUUGGAGAAGAGAAGAUAAAAGCUAGCCUGGAGGAGCAUUUCGGUUCUUGUGGAGAGAUAACAAGGAUAUCAAUUCCGAAAUUUCAUGAUUCUGGUGCUGUUAAGGGGUUUGCUCACUUGGACUUCAAGGAUGUUGAUAGCUUGAAGAAUGCUCUACAACUGCAUCGAACUGAGUUUGGAGGUUAUCCUUUGUUAGUUCAAAAAGCAAAGCCUCGAUAUUAUAAUCAGGAUAUAGGCCAUGGUAGAGGUGUUGGUGGUCAUCAGUUUGACGGAAGGGAUGGAGUUGGCCAUGGUGGCACAGUGGGUUGGAGGAAAAGUAGUGGCGGUCAUCAAUUUUGUGGAAGGGAUGGAAGUGACCAUGGUGACAGAGUGAAUUGGGGGAGAAGUGGUGGCGGUCAUGAGUUUGGUGUAAGGGAUGGAGAUGGCCAUAGUGGCAGAGUCGGUUGGGGGAGAAGCAGCGGUGGUCAUAAGUUUUGUGGAAGGGAUGGAGGUGACCCUGGUGGCAGAGUGGAUUGGGGGAGAAGUGGUGGUGAUCAUCAGUUUGAUGCAAGGAAUGGUAGUGACCAUGGUGGCACAGUGGGUUGGCGAAGUAGUAGGGGUGGUCAUCAGUUUUGUGGAAGGGAUGGAGGUAACAAUAGUGGCAAAGUGGGUUGGGGGAGAAUUAGUGGUGGUCAUCAGUUUUGUGGAAGGGAUGAAGGUGACCUUGGUUGCAGAAUGGAUUGGGGUAAAAGUGGUGGUGAUCUUCAAUAUGGUGUGAGGGAUGGAGGUGGCCAUGGUGACACAGCGGGUUGGGGGAGUAGUAGCCAUGGUGACACAGCGGGUUGGGGGAGUAGUAGCGGUGGUCAUCAUCAAUUUUGUGGAAGGGAUGGAGGUGGCCAAGAUGGCAGAGUGGAUUGGAGGAGAAAUGGUGGUGGAUGGAAGUAUUGAGCACACAAUAUACCUAGCACUGACAUGAUGAAGUCACAGUGCUGUUGGAGUGGAAGCGUUCGUGAUAGUGAUCCUGAAUUUUUGGCAGCAAGGAAGGGUCUUUUAUUUGCAACCCAGUUGGUUCUAUCAAAUAUCUACUUGAAGGGAGAUGCCAACAAUGUUUAUGUAUAUCCAACAAUGUAUAUAUACACGGACUUCUCUUAUAAUGUUUUGAUUUUACCAAACAUUACUUAAGGUGUUUUUUGUGUUAUGUUCCCCGAGAUUGUAACUCCAUUGUAGAU